AAGAAGGCGGCUCAGAGAUCCCCAGAGUGUUUCCGCUUCCGUCUCUUUCCACGUGCUCGUUUCCUGCCUCUUCCACUCUGUCCGGACUGGGACAGGACGGGCCGCAGACAUGGCGCUCUACAACUUCAAGAAGAUCACGGUGGUGCCGACCGCUAAGGAUUUCAUAGACCUCACGUUGUCGAAGACCCAGAGAAAGACGCCGACGGUCAUUCACAAGCAUUAUCAGAUUCACAGGAUCCGCCAUUUUUACAUGAGAAAAGUGAAGUUCACCCAGCAAAAUUACCACGACCGCCUCACGCAGAUUCUCACAGAUUUCCCCAAAUUGGAUGACGUUCAUCCGUUUUAUGCAGAUUUAAUGAACGUCCUUUAUGAUAAAGACCACUACAAGCUGGCGCUGGGGCAAAUAAACAUCGCCAAGAACCUGGUGGACAAUGUGGCCAAGGAUUACGUGAGGUUGAUGAAAUAUGGCGACUCCUUAUAUCGCUGUAAACAGCUGAAGAGGGCGGCACUUGGGCGCAUGUGCACCAUCAUCAAAAGGCAGAAGCAGAGCUUGGAAUACCUGGAGCAAGUGCGUCAACAUCUGUCCCGUUUGCCAACCAUUGACCCCAACACACGCACCCUGCUUCUCUGCGGCUACCCAAAUGUUGGAAAAUCCAGCUUCAUAAAUAAGGUGACCAGGGCGGAUGUAGAGGUACAGCCAUAUGCAUUCACUACCAAGUCAUUGUUUGUGGGCCACAUGGAUUACAGAUACCUCCGCUGGCAGGUAGUGGACACCCCUGGGAUUCUGGAUCAUCCCCUGGAGGAGAGGAAUACCAUUGAGAUGCAGGCCAUCACGGCCCUGGCUCACCUCAGGGCUGCCGUCCUGUAUGUCAUGGAUGUCUCUGAGCAGUGUGGUCACACUAUAGAGCAGCAGAUGGAACUCUUCAACAACAUCCGUCCUCUGUUCGCCAAUAAACCUCUUAUUAUGGUUCUGAAUAAAUGUGACGUGAAACGUGCCUCUGAACUCACCGAGGAACAACAGAAAAUCUUCAAAGACUUGGAGAAUGAGGGCUUGCCAGUGAUCGAGACCAGCACCCUCACAGAGGAAGGCGUCAUUCAAGUAAAGACUGAGGCUUGUGAUAGACUGUUGGCUCAUAGAGUGGAAACCAAGAUGAAGGGGAACAAAGUGAAUGAUGUUCUUAACAGGCUGCACCUGGCUGUACCAACAAAGAGAGACGAGAAGGAGAGGCCACCCUUCAUUCCAGAGGGCGCUUUAGUAAGAAAGAAACGUAUGGAUACCAAUACACCAAAGAAGAAAUUGGAGAGAGAUUUGGAAAUAGAGAUGGGCGAUGACUAUGUCCUGGAUCUGCAGAAAUACUGGGACCUAAUGAAUCCAUCAGACAAGUACGACAAGAUCCCAGAAGUCUGGGAGGGACAUAACAUUGCAGAUUACAUAGAUCCUGAUAUCAUGAAGAAAUUAGAAGACUUGGAAAAAGAGGAGGACUUAAAGGAAAAAGCUGGGGAAUAUGACAGCGACAUGGAAAGCGACGACGAAGAAAUGGCAGAGAUUCGCCAGCUCGCUCAGCAGAUUCGUGAUAAGAAAAAACUAAAGGUUCUUGCAUCAAGAGAAAAAGAUAUUCAUGGGCCACGGCUUCCGAGGACUGCUAAGAAGGUGCAACGCAAGACAUUAGAGAAAGAGAUGGGUGAGCUUGGGCUCGAUAUGGAUGAGAAGAACGAGAGCCACUAUGCAGUGCAAGCCAGAUCCAGGAGUUUACAAAGGAAACGUAAGCGGGAAGAGUCUGAACCACCAGCAUCUGUCACUCGCAGCCGAAGCAACUCCAAGCCCCCGCGAGACCAGUCUGGGGUUCGUGAUGCAAAGAUGGCCAAGAAAGCAAAGACCAUCAUGAAGAAAUCUCAGAGGAAAAUGAACAGACUGAGCAAGAAAGGAGAAGCUGACAGACACGUGUUUGAUCUGAAGCCCAAACAUUUAUUAGCUGGCAAGAGGAAAUCUGGCACCCAUGACCGACGAUAAGGUGGUCACAAGCAGAAGAACAUCUCGCCUCCUGGUGUGCUGCUGAAUGGACUUCCAGUGUAGAAGGAGCUAUCGCCAUCUUUUUAAAGAGCUUUCAUCCUGUAUUUGCCGUGGAGACGAACAGUGAAUUUGUUUUAUGGAUCGGACUAAUCUGGACUUCACCACCACUCAGGUUAGGCCUUGUAAUUCUAUAGGUCAGUGGACAUUGCACCAUCUAAAAGGAUUAGUUUGAUGCCAUCAUCUAAUAGUAUUUUCCAAACAGCGUGUCUCCAGCUGUUGCAAUACUACAACUCCCAGCAUGCCCGGACAGCCGUUGGCUGUCCGGGCAUGCUGGGAGUUGUAGUUUUGCAACAACCGGAGACAGGCUGUUUGGAAAACACUGAUCUAAUCUGUGCAGCCUGUUUUCAUCAUGGAUAGGGCACAUUCCAACUAUGCCUUUAUGUUCAGAUGAAUAAAACAACUUGAUAUUG